AAAAAAAACUUCACUUGUCUCUUCUUUUUGUUGAUAACUAAAAAUGGCUAUCACAGCAAAUCAUCUCGCUACAUGCAACGCCGUUAAAUUGGAUGGCUUCAGCUUCUUCUCCUCUUUCCCCUGCAGACCUAACCACUUCUUGUCUCGUCGUUUGCCACAGUCUAUGAUACGCAGAGUCCAAACUUCUUGUUGUUAUCGUGUGACGUCAAUGAAAGCUGUGAGUCCGCUUACGAUGCCUGAGAAAGAACCAAGUAGCAUCAGUGACGGUGUUGGAAUCAUCCGUUUCUUAACAGGAAAAAGCUACCUCAUUAGUGGCGCAACGGGGUUUCUUGGUAAAGUGUUGAUAGAGAAAUUACUGAGGGUAAGUCCUGAGGUUGGGAAAAUUUUCAUUCUAAUCAAAUCCAAUAAUCAAGAAUCAGCCAACAAGCGACUCUAUGAUGAGAUCAUCAGCUCGGACCUGUUCAAGGUUCUGAAGCAAAUGCACGGGAGCUCUUAUGAAGCUUUCAUGAAGAACAAGUUGAUUCCAAUAAUUGGAGACAUCGGAGAGGAGAAUCUAGGGAUGAAUUCUGAAGCAGCAGACAAGAUAAGUGAGGAGAUUGAUGUCAUUAUAAACUGUGCUGGCCGUACAACGUUUGACGACAGAUACGACGCUGCCCUAAGUGUCAAUGCUCUUGGACCUGAUAGACUAUUACGAUUCGGAGAGGAAUGCAAGAAACUGAAACUUUUCCUCCAUGUUUCAACUGCUUUUGUGACUGGUAAGAGAAAGGGAACAGUACUGGAGACUCCUCUAUGCAUUGGAGAAAACAUAACUCCUGACUUGAACAUCGAAACCGAGGUGAAACUAACUUCAGAAGCUGUAAGGAAGUUCCAUGGCAGUGAAAGAUCAAAGAAACUGAAAGAACUUGGUUAUGAAAGAGCUCAAAGCUAUGGAUGGGAAAAGGUUUACACAUUCACCAAAGCCAUGGGUGAGUCUUUAAUUCACAGAAAGCUAGGAGCCUUGCCUGUGGUGAUCAUAAGACCUAGUUGUAUAGAAAGCUCCUACAAGGAGCCUUUCCCUGGCUGGCUCCAAGGAUUAAGGAUGACUGCUCCAUUAAUAUUGGGCAAUGGAAAAGACCAGAUUCCUGACUUGUUGGGAGAUUAUCAAUCUUCUUGUGAUGUUAUACCUGUUGAUAUGGUUGCUAACGCGAUAAUAGCAGCCAUGGCAAAGCAUGGUUGUGGCAAUGUACUACCAGAGGUCAAAGUUUACAAUGUUACUUCAACAUCUCAUGCUCAUCCCCUGCAAAUGGGGGAGAUUAUGGACUUCUCUCAUAAACAUCUGUGUAACUCGCCAUUAACUGAGAAAACAACCAAAGACUUGGAACGUAUGAAAUUCCACAGUUCCUUAGAGGAAUUCACUUCCUCUGUAUCCAACGCAAUAACAAAACAGGAAAGAGAGAUGAAGAAUGGAGAAGGAGAGGAAGAGUCACAUACCACAUUGAGCAUGAAAGGGAAGAGGAAGCUUAAGUAUUUUGUGUCCCUAGCAAAAACAUAUCAGCCUUACAUGUUCUUUCAAGCCCGGUUUGAUGACACCAAUACAAGGAGACUGCUACAGGAGUUGUCAAUGGAAGAGAGAAAGAUGUUUGAAUUUGAUGGCAGUUGUAUUGAUUGGGAGCAUUACUUUAUCAACAUUCAUCUUUCAGGUCUCAAAAGGGAACUCUUUCGUCUGAGAUCCAGUUAAGAAGAGUGAUUUAAAAGACAAACUGAUGCAACACAUCCGUAUCCAGUUAUGUGUGGUGUCUGAUGUGUUCUCCUGUUAAAAUUGGUUUUGUAUUUUCCUUGUUCUAAAAUGUGUUGUUUCCUUUUUGCCAAGUUUCUUUAUAGCUUUAGAAAGUGUUAAAUUACAGUAUAACUUCUUUAAAUUAAUAUU